GCUAAUUCUCACUUCAUUCCCACCAGUUUGGAAGGUCACACACACAGCCGCUCACAACCAUUCACAACCACUCACACACUCUCUGAUCAUGGACACUGGACGCAUUGGCCGGCUGCCCUCUGGACUGGGCAUGUGCUGCUCCAUCCCUGAUAUGCUGUUUCUGCCUGAGCUGGUUUGCGGUGGACUGGUGUGGAUUCUGGUGGCCUGCACCUACAUUAUACCGUAUAAUCCUCAGGCCUAUGUCAUGGCCGUGUCUGUGCUCUGCUUCAUCAUCACCUUCAUUUGGAUGAUGGUCUUUGCCUGUGGAUCUCACCAUAACCGUCCGUUCUGGGCUACUGCGGAUGUGGCGUAUCAUUUCAUGGCGUCUGUGCUGUACCUGAGUGCUUCUGUUCUGCUGGCCUUCAGCACCCUCUACCUCACCGUCUCUGACUUCCACUACAAAAUGGACAUCGCUGCAGUGGUAAUGUCCUAUGUGACGACAGUGAUGUACAUCAUUCACACCCUUUUCUCUGCCAUCCGGUGGAAAACAUUUUAAGUCAGUUUGUAUAAAUGUGUGUGUGUGUAAAUGGGUAUAAAUGGGUUCUAAAUGCUCUGUUUGCUUUGAAUGUGUGUUAUAAACACAGUAUGAACAGCAUACAGAGGCUUUUCCAGUGGUGAGUAGAGACCAGAUCAGACUGGAUUAGAUUUAAACUGCUUUAAUUGUGCAUAGGGGGUGUUUACACUUGCAGUGUAAAGUGGAUCAUCUCUACAGAGAUGUAAUCCUGGGGACCAGUAUAUCAAUCCAGUUGUAAACAGAGCCUGAGUGUGAGUGUGUGUUUGUGUAUGUUUGAGUGUUUUAACAUUAAAAUCUGUGACAUUAUAUCUGUAACACGUGUUUAAAUAGGAGUGAUAUAUCUGUUAAAUUAUAGAUCCUUAGGGGUGAUACACCUGUACGAGUUGUAAUGUAUCGUUGGGAGUAAUAUUUAUGUGUGGGAGUGAUAUAUCUGUAAAAGGUCUGUAUCAAUGGGAGUGAUAUAUAUAUAUAACUGCAGUGGUUAAAUGUGUCAAAGUUAUUUAUGUGAAUAUGUAAAUAAAGGAAUGGAGAAACGCAGUGUUUCAAUAAAGAUAACAAAGAGA